AUGAAUCAGAUAAGAUUUAUUUAAUCGAUUUUGAAUUUCAAUUUACACCCACAAAAGAAAGUUUUAUCCUAUGUCGGCACCAAUAGAUAUGCCUGUAUCUCAGCCCAUCAAGUCAUCGAAUAAACACCCAAAGACGACCUCGAGUAUGUACUCAUCUACUUAACCACUUAACAUCUACAAUGGAUGAACAUCGAGAAAACAGAUGUACAAAGAUUAGACAAAAUUGGCAUGUUAAAGGAAAGUGUUCUAUUGGAAGACUUGUGUUCCGUGUGUCCAAACUCAAUGCUUAAGUUCUAUUCCUUAUAAACUAGACGAAAAUAGGAAGGCUGA